AUGAGGUACAUUCACUCUCAGGAGACUCUGGAGAUCCCAGAGGGCGUCAAGGUCAACAUCAAGACCCGAAUCGUCACCGUUGAGGGUCCCCGAGGCAAGCUCUCCAAGAACCUCGGCCACCUGGCUGUCAACUUCGGCCACCCCAAGAAGAACACCAUCUCGAUCGAGAUCCACCACGGCAACCGCAAGAAUGUCGCCACCCUGCGUACCGUCCGAUCCAUCAUCGAGAACCUGAUCAUUGGUGUCACCAAGGGCUUCAAGUACAAGAUGCGAUACGUCUACGCCCAUUUCCCCAUCAACGUCAACCUGGACAAGAACAAGGAGACUGGUCUGUACGAGGUCGAGAUCCGAAACUUCAUCGGCGAGAAGAUUGUCCGACGGGUAACCAUGCACGAGGGUGUCGACGUCGAGAUCUCCAAGUCCCAGAAGGAUGAGCUCAUCCUCACUGGCAACUCACUCGAGAACGUCUCCCAGAGCGCCGCAGAUAUCCAGCAGAUCUGCCGGGUGCGCAACAAGGAUAUUCGAAAGUUCUUGGACGGUCUGUACGUCUCCGAGAAGGGCAACGUUGUGGAGGACGCUUAA